GCUCCGGUGCCAUGUGACCCUGUACAAUGUAAAACGGUGCAGAAGUUUGAUGAAUGGAUGAAUGUGACGUUACAGGACCGUCAGAGGAGGCUUCACUGAGUAAAACAUCCUGAUCCAGACGCUGGACUGCUGUGGUUCGGGCCAUGGAGGACCAGGUCUCUGGUUUCCAGUGGCUUUCCUUUGCCUACCAGGACCUGACGGAGAUCCCUUACGAGAGCAUCCUGGCCCAGACGGAAACCCUGGAGGUCCUGGACCUGAGCUACAACCUGCUGGACGAGAACCCGGUUCUCCUGGGCCAGCUGCAGAAGCUCAGCACCCUGAUCCUGGACUGCAACAGCUACACGUCCCACGUCAAGUUCCCCUACAUGCCUAGCAUCACCACGGUCUGCAUCAACAAGAACAAGAUCCACAACCUGCCCGUGUUCGUGGAGGAGGUCCGGCAGAAGUUCCCGGCCAUCAGGAUCCUCAGCAUGAUGAACAACGAGGCGGCGCCCAGCUACUUCAACGGAGGCACACACACUCAGUACCUGGACUACAGACAGUACGUGAUCAGCCAGAUUCCCGGCCUGGAGAUCCUGGACGACACCGAGGUCCUGGAGCAGGAGCGGGUCCAGGCCCGGAGGACCUACCGGCUGCAGCAGGGUGUGUGUGCGGGCGGCAGGAGGACCAAGGACGAGGCUGUCCGGAGACACACACACCGACACAGAGCAGUGCGGUUCAGGAGAUAAU